AUGAAUAUUUGGAAUAAAAAUGAAAUCAUAACUCCAGUUUCAGAGUAUUAAUUAAUGAAAGUAUUUUGUUGUUUCUAUAAAUAAGUCAUACUAGAAACAUCUUCAUUAGAUUAUUAAAAUCAAGGCAACUCCAAUUUAAGUUGAUUAACCAUACAUGCAAAAGAAAUAAGUGUGUAACUCAAAGAAAAUAAAAGAAGACACUACCAUAAAGAAAGCCCUUGUAACACGUAUUCUAGAAAUCAAUCAUUGUCCUUCCUAUUAUGGAAAAUUAGACACAUCUGAUGUCCCACGUCCAUCGAAUUUAGGAUAGAAAAUUAUUGACAUGAAGAGAUUAAUUUAAGAUAAUGAAGUAUAUUAGUAAGAAGACAGAUUAGUCCAUUGAAAGACGAUUAAGAUAAACUAGUUCAGUCAUAUCCUUUGAUAAAAUUAAAAAAGAAUACAAAUAAAGCAAGAAAUAUCUAAAGAACAUCACUUAGAAUUCAAGAAGAAUAUACAAUUGCUUUUUACCACAACAUUUCCGCUCAGAAACACCUGCUCAAUCAAGAACUGUUGAUAUAAGCAUCAAAAAGCAUAAUUAAAGUAUAUUAUACAUAAUUUAUACAGCACCAUUACCUAAAAUCUGAU